GAACGGCGCUUAGAGAUAUACUCUCACACGUCACUCGGGAACGGUAUCUCUAUGGUCGAAAGAGAACCGACAGUCGUCUCUUGGAAACUCCUACGGUCUGCACGCGACUCCUCCGCGAUCAUCAUCCUCUCUGUGAUCCCUUCCCUCGAUCGUAUUUUUUCCUCUUAUCUAUCGUUCUACCGUAUUCUAUUCGACUGAUAGAGGAUCUUAGUCACGUGUUGUUAUUCAGUUCGUUCAAAGGAUCGAAGGAUCUCUCUGUCUCCGUUUCUCUUUUUCUUUCUCUAUCUCUCUCUUGUCUCUUUUUCUUUUUCUUUUUCUCUGUCAUUCAGUUAUAACAGUUACUCGAGAUGGUGAAUUUAAAAGGAGCGAUUGGGGCGAACGAGUUAACCGACAAACAGUCCGGUCUUUACCGAGCUUUACUUGCAGAAUUUCUUGGUACAAUGCUGUUAAAUUUCUUCGGUUGUGGAUCGGUCGUAACGAAAAAUGUUGUGGCGAUAAGUCUUGCAUUUGGUUUGACCGUGGCUGCAGCAAUACAAUCGAUAGGGCACGUUUCCGGUGGUCACGUCAAUCCUGCUGUUACGUUUGGUUUAAUGAUCAUCGGAAAGAUACCGAUAGUUCGUGGAAUCCUUUACGUUUUAGCUCAAAGUGCAGGUGCUAUUGCUGGCUCAGCCGUAUUAAGGGCACUUUCAGCUGAAAGUAUGGAGGUCAGUCUCGGCGUGGUAUCCCUUGCAGAUGGGGUUACACCAGUUCAAGGUCUGGGAAUUGAAUUUUUUCUGGCAUUGAUACUGGUUAUGGUAGUCUGCGGUGCUUGCGACGGUGCGAAACCUGACAGUAAAGGAAUAGCACCAUUGCUGAUUGGACUUUCUGUUACCGUCGGACAUUUAGUUGGUGUUCCACGAACAGGUGCUGGAAUGAAUCCAGCUCGAUCAUUAGGAAGUUCUGUUGUUAUGGGUGCAUUCGAUGAUCAUUGGUUAUAUUGGGUUGGUCCUAUUCUGGGCGGACUUGCUGGGGGUUUGAUUUAUACUCAUGCUGUUGGUCCAGCAAAGAAAGAAGAUAUAUCUACGAGGCAAUAUGCGACCGUAGCCAUGGAAGAGAAAGAGCUCCAGAAUCUUACCGGAAGGAAGAACGUCCAUCCCGCUUGAGCAUCACUAAUUUAAUCAACCACUCUCAUGCCAAUUUACUAAGCUCUUCCUUCUUUUUGUUUUUUUAUUAUUUAAUUUUUUUUUUUUUUUUCUUUUAUACUCGCUGCCUUGAAAAACUAUCGACACGAACAAAUGAAGAUAUUGGGUUAACUGGUUAACUGCAUGUAAUAAUAAUCGUACGGAAUGACUCAUUGUGUAUAUAUAUAUUAUACAUAUAUAUAAUCCUUCAAAACUUACGAAUUAAUCGUAUCUAUUUCUUAUCUGACAUUUUGGGAAAAUUGAUAACAAUCGAGAGUUUACUAAUAUAAUAAUUUUGUAGGAAAAGAAGAAAUAAAAAAUCUAAAAAAAAAGAGAACACUUAGACAGGCCAAAGACGAUUAAUUAUAUAAUUAUGAAAUGCAUAUUGACACACUUGCGACAAUUUAGCUUUCACGAAUUAUAAUUUCGUUAAUUGUUAAUUAAUAAUCUCGAAUUAUCGUAUUACGGUUCUGUCCGCACACUCAACGCAUAUCCCAUGCCACGACUUAUCUAACGGCAUUGAUGACAAUCAAAGAAAAGCGAAAAUUAAAAAAAAAAGAAUAAAAAGAUUAAAAAAAAAAAAAAAAAAAGAAAAAUAAGAAAAAGAAAAGAGAGAAAAAAAAAACGAUUUCGCCAAACCAUCUAACAUAAUUAUAUUGUUUAUCCGCUUAUCUUUUUUUACAUUAUCAAAGUAACGUCUCGUAUUUGAUCGCUUACAUUAGGGAAAAAUAAAAAAAUCAAAUACAAUAAAAAAUGAUCAAAAUCCUGAUACGUCCAUUAUUGAAGAAAAAGGAAAAAAGAAAAAAAGAAAAGAGAUAUAUUUAUAAAGUAUAUAUAAUUCCACAUAGUUAUGGUAACAACUAAUUAAUUUCUCAUUAUGUUUUUCGUUAUUAUUCACAAUAAAUGAAAAGAUUUUUUUUCCAUAAUAUAAUAUUAUAUA